AUGGCUGGUGAAUUGCAAAGAGGCUGUGUGAACAAAAUGCAAGGCUCAACUCUGAUCAGUCACCUUCCCGACAAUGUGAUAGAAGAAAUACUAAUACGCAUGCCGAUACAGGAUGCGGUUAGGACAAGUAUUUUGUCAAGGAAAUGGUGGAAUGCGUGGUUGAGACUUCCGCAGCUUGUAUUUGAUGAAGGAUUCUACAGAAAUUCAAUGAGAAGAUCAAACAAUGACCUUAUGAUAACUAUCAAUGACCUUAUGCUUAAGCAUUUCAAAUUGCGUUCCUGCUUGGUUGGCCCUCCUCCUAGAUUUAAUGGAUUUAACAGGCUCCUUUCUCUGGAGCUCAAGGAUGUUUCCAUUACUUCGGAGGUGUUUUCUAGUUUGAUUUCUAUUUGUCCACAGCUAGAGGAACUGAAACUUGUAACUUGCACUGACUUAUGUGACCUUGAAAUCACUGCCCCAAAGCUUACAUGCUUAUAUCUUGAAGGUGCUUUCAGUUCUAUAUGGAUCCAAAAUAGCCCUGAUCUUACUAGGGUUACAAUUUUUUUGUAUGAUGUCAUGAGGACGGAACAAUUUUUUGACUGGGUCACACUAUUUGCUGGUCUACCUGUCGUUGAAGUUUUGGAGUUGGAUUGUGGUAUUCUUCAGUUAAUUCCUGUAGGUGGCAUACCAAGGAGACUUCCAACUGAUUUGAGCCAUCUUAAGAUUCUCAAGUUCUAUGAAAUGAAUCUACAGGAUGAGGAUGAGGUCUCGACUAUUCUGUGCUUCAUUAGAAGCUCCCCUAACAUGGAAAGAAUUGAAGUUCAGAUGGAUAUUGAUGGAAUACCAGAUGACGAUGCUCUUCGGGAAGUGGAAUUGGAACUGGCAUCAGGCGUAGGAUUUGACUUGGAGUUCAUUAAGGUUAUAUUAGCCACAUCGCCUGUCCUGGAGAAAAUGGAUAUUGAUCUAACUUUAUUGAGUGAUAUGGGAAGAUAUAGGUUCUUGAAGGAGGUACUUGGUGAUAUGGAUGACUGCUGA